UUUAUUUGCAUAUUUCUGUUCUCUCUGUUUUCUUUCCUUCAAUAUAGUGAACUUGCAAUGCUGCUGUCCAUGGCUCAGAGUAACCCUGCACUGUUCCAGAUGAUUUCGGACAGGAAGACAGUCGCCCGGCAGCUGGAAAGGCUCUCAAGAUUGAAGGAGCUGAUGGACACCACUGCAGAACAACUAAGGGCCAAACAGACUGAAGACUGGUCCCGCUGGAUCAAAAAAUACAGGCAGCGGCUUGCUUGUGAGUGUGAAUCAGGGCUUGAUGUGAAAGAACUGCAGGAGGAGAGAGUACGUGUGAUGAACAACAACAACCCAUAUGUGGUACUCAGAAACUACAUCGCCCAGAAUGCAGUAGAGGCAGCUGAAAAUGGUGACUUCUCAGAGGUGGGGCCCUUACAAGCUUUGUUUUAGUUUUACUCUUUA